CAUCCCUCCACCACUGCCGAUAGAUAUAAUCUAAUCUGCACCUGCACCAUCAUCUGCUCCUUUGGGUCGCCCAGCUCCGCUAGCGGUACCGAGGCUACGCGCGCGUUCGCAACAAGGCGCCUAUGUUCCGCGACCCCGCUCUCUCCCAACGACUCGAGGGGCAGCUCAGGGUUGCGAGCACGCAAUCUGACCCAGAGAUCGCAACAGGAUGGCCGACAUGUGGGUUUGGAUGCGAGUGCGAUGGCGCAAGAAUUUACGCAAUUGUGCAUGUAUAUAAAGGAAUUUCAGCACUCUUUUCUAAUCUCCAAAUUUGAAGUGCUCAAAGAUAUCCGCUUCCAUAAAUCGAUUGCUGCCUUGAAGAUACACGCGUUUGGUCAAGGGCCCUUUCAUAGAAACGAAUCCAUCGAGCAGCAUGGCUCCGGCUCUAACCGCACAUACGCCCACGGCUCCUCACGAACUCGGCGCGAAGAAGGCGUUUCUCAACCACGAGGCGCCUAGGCACAUCUAUCCCGAUGGUAUCAAGACUUCGGGCCAGCACCCGCCGCUGUAUAACCAAUUGCACCCGUACGAGGACUUCCCCACCGAGAUCGCCGGCCCCACGGUGUGGAACGUCGAGGAGUACAAAGGCCACCCCGAGCAAUGGACACAUGUCUUCUCCGACGCCGAGAUCAAGGAGAUCUCCGACACGGCAGACGCCUUCAUCGCGAGCGGCACGCCGCUGACGGGCAUCUCCCAGGAGACGUUCCGGCUCAACAACUUUGCGCAGUUCCUCAGCGUCCUACGGAAGGAACUGAUUGACGGGAAGGGCUUCAUCCUAUUCAAGGGCCUGCCCGUGCAGCAAUGGGGCAACCACAAGAGCGCCGUGGCCUACAUGGGCCUGGGAACCCACCUCGGCUACUUUGUCUCGCAAAACGCCCACGGCCAUGUCCUGGGCCACGUGAAAGAUCUCGGCGAAGACAGCAGCGCCAUCGACCGCGUGCGCAUUUACCGCACCAACGCGCGGCAGUUCUUCCACGCCGACGACGCCGAUCUCGUCGGCCUGCUGUGCAUUGCGAAGGCGUUGGAGGGCGGCGAGUCGGACCUUGUGUCGUCGCACGCCGUGUGGAAUGCGCUGCAGAAGGAAAAUCCCGACGUUGCAAGGACGCUGACAGAGCCGAUUUGGUACUUUGAUAGGAAGGGCGAGAAGAGCGUGGGUGAGGAGGACUGGAUCAGGACGAGUGUGUUCUACCUCGAGAAGGGGGCGAAUCCGCGGGUGUACUCGAAAUGGGACCCGUACUACAUCCGCUCCCUAACCCGCUUCUCUGACAAGGGGCUCAUCCCACCACUCUCCGAUGCCCAGCAGCGCGCCACCACCGUUCUCGAAGAGACGUGCCAGCGCCUCGCGCUGCACAUGAUCCUGGAGGUUGGUGAUAUCCAGUUCCUGUCCAAUAACCACAUCCUACAUGCGCGCACGGCGUACAAGGAUUUUGCGCCGCCGGCGCCACGACGCCACUUGAUGAGACUGUGGUUGAGUACGCCUGAGGAAGAGGGCGGAUGGAAACUGCCGUUCCACGACAGCAAGGAGAAGAAGAGGGGCGGGAUUCAGGUUAACGAUAACCCGCCUGUUGCGCCACUGGAUGCGGAGUAGGCGCUUGAUCGUAUUGUAGCAUGUGUAGUGAACGUCUGUUGUGGGAGAGCGAUGUAGAGGUGUUUCAUACAGUACUGUAGCAUUAGUGACCAAGUCUUAGACGGGAAUGAACAAGGAAGUCAA